GUUUUUUCUGUUCAGCCGCCAGAACCCCCGUGCGUCUCUCUCCCGCACAGUACUCUCUCUCUUCCAGCCAUCCCUCUCUCGCCCCAGUCUCGUCCUUCUUCACGCACGCUAGCGCCGCCGCAACCUCCUCACCGGACGACGACUGCCGCCGAACGCCGUCGGUAGCACCACCAUCGCACGUCUCCGGUCGCCGCCGCCGCCGAUUUUGGUUGUGGGUAAGAGUUCUGUAUCAAAGAAGAGGGGUUUUUGAAACUGAUUGCUGAAAUACAGUUAUCAAUCAUGGUCAAUUGGGUUUAAGAAUUGCUGAAUGGGAAGACCCAUAGGAAGAAGCCUUGGCUCGCUACUGAGGAAUUUAAUUGCCUUCUAGAUGAUGGGGAGCAGUGAUGGAGGAGGAGAAGAUCUGGUGAAGCAAAUGACGGAGCUAAGUAAAACCCUAAAAGAAGGAGAAAGGAUUCUAGCACCAACGAGGCGGCCUGAUGGUACUCUUCGAAAACCCAUUCGGAUUAGGGCUGGCUAUGUUCCGCAGGAAGAAGUUGCCAUUUACCAGUCUAAAGGGGCGCUGUGGAAAAAGGAGAUGUCAUCCCACGAUGGACCUCCUGGUUAUGAUCCUCCAACAGAUGUAAAAUCAAAGACCAAGUCAGCUAAGCGGAAUGAGAGAAAGAAAGAGAAGCGACUGCAGGCUGCUCAUGAAAAGGAUAAAGUCUUGGAACAAGUGGUUGUUGGAGAGAACACUGAAGCAAAGGAAUCAUAUGUAGAUAAUAGGCUGGAACCUGUCCAGUCAUUAAGUUCCCAGAUGAAUGAACUUGCUGUUUCUACAAAUCCGAAAAUUGAGAGCCUUUCUUCCGAGCCAAUUGAUGAUCCACAGUUUCCUUCCAAUGACCUCGAUAAGAAAAUUAGAGCAAUUAAAAAGAAGAUUCGAAUUGCAGAAGCUCAGUUGCAAAAGACACCACUGCAUGAUAUGAAGCCAGAGCAGUCGAACAAGUUAUCGAAACUCGAAACUUGGCGCUCUGAACUAACCCUUUUAGAAGAAGAAAGGCUAAAACUAAAUUCUUCGUCGUGAAUGACUGCAUAUUGCAUUAUCACUUUAUUUAUGCUUUAUGAUGAGGGGGAAAAAAAAAAGAAGAAACCAGGGAUUGCUGCAACAAAAUCAUUUCGAUUUCCACUUUUGAAAAUCUAAUCACCUGUAAAACCCUACUCUUUUUUAAUGUGGUGUGUGUAAUUGCAUUUCAUUCAACUGGUUUUAGCAACCGCUUGAAUUGUAGAUAGUUUUGAAGACAUUGAUUUUCUUUUGCUUCAACAUGAGUUAUUUAUGUGAUUUCGAAUCAUAAUGAUCAAUGGAUAUUUUAGCUUAUCAAAGUCUUUUUUUU